ACUCGUCCCCGCCACCAGAGCUGGCGCAACACCACCAUAAACACAACUAUGGACCUUGACGAGGACUGGCCCUACGAUCAUUUUAGCGGCGACUGGGGCGACUCCUUUGGGCAGUUGCUAUCCCCCGCUGCCGACCUCGUGCUCGACGACAUUGAAAGCCUCGCGGUCCCCAGCGAUGGCAAUUUCAAUUUCGACAGCCUUUUUCCUUCGCGACACCUCGCCGCCCCCCUAGUACCCGACGACGCUCCCGAUGAUUGCAACAUCGAUCUUGAUGGCCUUAUCGACUGGGGCAACUACGAAGCUGGGACAACCCUAGGGCCCGCUUCGCCUACCCUCCGACGGAACUCGAAAAGCUCGAGCAGGUCUUCUUCAUCCAGCCUUCCGCCCCGUACGAACCUGGAUACCGAACCUCUGCCAGAGGGGAUAGAAGACAGCAGCAAUUCAGAUAAGGCAAGAUUGCAGAGGAAUAAGAGAAAGGUGGCUGGGGCAAUCACGUCGCCCUCUGUUCCGUCGCGGAAGCGCGGAAGGGGUGCGAAAACCACAGGAGGCAGAGCGACGAGGGGGGCCGCCAAAGCCAAAAAUGGCGUGACUCGGCAGACACGACAGGAUAAUCCUGUGCUCAAAGGCAUUCUCGGAAGGAGGCGUGGAAACCCGCGUCGCCAUGCCCUACUACUGGCCUCAGGCGACAGCGACCAUCCCAUCAACGUCGGCGAACUCGACGCCGUCAAACCAGUAUAGGGGAGGCCAUGUAAAUGUAUAUUAGUAAGGUAGAAGGUUAAAUUGGCAAACCCGACGGGAACGUCAACCAACCGGACGGCGGCUAGCUCGUUGAGGUCCCCGACGAACUUUCACCCGG